UACAGAAUAUAAAUUUCCACAAAGGGAGAUUAAAGUGGAAAGUAGAUGUGCGAAAUCCAAAGCUUUUAAGCAUGCCAUCUGCGGGAGAUUCGUUUUCAAUGGGAAGGAUUGUUUUCAUUUUGCUCUUCUUGGUGAUAUUCAUGAUUUCUGCUUCGAAUCCUGCAAAGACAAUCAGGAGAACAUUCAUUAUUGAAUCGACGACGAUUACCAAGUUAUGUCACACACAGAAUGUAAUCACCGUCAAUGGACAAUUACCAGGCCCAACUUUGUAUGUUAAUGAGGAAGAUUCUGUUAUCGUACGUGUUCAUAACAGGGCAAAAUAUAAUGCUACCAUACACUGGCAUGGGCUUCAACAAAUGCGUACACCAUGGGCUGAUGGACCAGUGUAUAUUACUCAGUGUCCCAUUCGACCUGGUGGGAGUUACACAUAUAGAUUCAUUAUUACGGCUCGUGAAGGUACUCUAUGGUGGCAUGCUCAUAGUUCAUGGCUUCGAGCCACCGUUUAUGGAGCCAUUGUCAUCUUUCCGAAACGGGGGGCUUCCUAUCCCUUCACCUCGCCUUAUGCUCAUGCUCUCAUCCAACUAGGAGAAUGGUGGAACAGUAACCCCAUAGAUGUUAUAGAUGAAGCAAUUCGUACAGGAGGUCCUCCGAAUAUCUCAGACGCAUUUACCAUAAAUGGAGAACCAGGCGACCUUUAUCCGUGUUCUAAACGAAAUACAUAUCGGCUUCCGGUGAGAAAGGGAAAGAGGUAUCUUCUGAGAAUAGUUAAUGCUGCUAUGAACUUUGAAAUGUUUUUCUCAGUGGCACACCACAAACUAACAGUAGUUGGUGUGGAUGCAUCGUAUACAAAACCAUAUAAAACAAAAUAUGUAUUUAUAGCUCCAGGACAGACCACUGACGUUCUUCUCACAGCCAAUAAGCCCAUAGGUAAAUACUAUAUGGCAGCCCGGGUUUACUCCAGCUCACCAAUUGUUGCCUUUGAUAACACUACAACUACUGCCAUUUUAGACUACAUUGGAAGCUCAAAUUCCUCAUCUCCAGUAAUGCCCAAACUUCCCUUGUACAAUGAUACUAGAAGAGCCACAAGGUUUUCAAGAAAUAUUCGAAGCCUGGGCUCUAAAGCCUUCCCAGUGCAGGUUCCAAAACAUCUGAAAGAAGAUCUUUUAUUCACAGUAGGCUUCGGACUAUUUCCCUGUCCUUCUGGGCGUACUUGUCUAGGCCCAAAUGGAACGAGACUGGCUGCAAGUAUUAACAAUAUAUCCUUUGUCUCCCCCAGUAUUUCCAUUUUGCAAGCCUAUUACUUUAAGAUCAAUGGUGUUUUCACCACAGAUUUUCCAUCAAAGCCUCCAGUGAAGUUCAAUUAUACAUCAGAUAACAUACCUUCGAGCCUGUAUACUCCAUUGCGAGGAACAAGAGUUAAAGUGCUGGAGUACAAUACUGCAGUGCAGUUGGUGUUUCAGGACACAAACAUUUUUACAGGGGAGAACCAUCCGAUGCAUCUUCAUGGAUACAACUUUUACGUUGUGGGAUUUGGUUUUGGAAACUAUGAUCCUGUAAAAGAUCCGUUGAAGUUCAACCUAGUUAAUCCACCAAAAAGAAAUACUGUUGCAGUUCCAGUGAGCGGUUGGGCCGCCAUAAGAUUCUAUGCAGACAAUCCAGGAGUAUGGUUUCUACAUUGUCAUAUAGACGCGCAUUUAAGUUGGGGAUUAAGCAUGGCAUUGCUUGUGAAAGAUGGGCCAGGGAAAUCGGCUAAACUGAAGCCACCUCCUAGUGACCUUCCCAAAUGCUGAGAAUCAUCACAUAUUAACUAAAUAAGGAUUACGACUUUUCAGUUAUUGCUCUAUUAUUCAAUAAAGAUAUAAACAGCUGUUAUCCAUCUUCUAUCAAAAAUAUUGUUACAAUACUAGGAAUAUGUUUACAGAGCAUAUUCAAACUUCUAUGGUUAGAUCUUAUUUUUCAAUCAUGUCUAAACAGGGUAGUCAAAUGCCCCAAUUAGCAGUGGUCUCCUCCAUUUUGUCCAUUGCAUACCGAUGUGACGAUGAGAGGAUGAUAUGGAACAAAUUGAUUAUGCAUAGUUUCUAAAAAUCUCCGUGCUAUUUCUAUCUAUAUCUUAAAAAAGGAGGAAAACAAUUAUCAUUAAAAUAGUGGUGACAGUUUACUCAUUUGGCUGAUUGGUUGAUAUUAUGUGAA